AUGUACUUGCUGCUAAUUGCACAUUUCCUUGUAUGUAAGAAGCACGUUGAGGACAACAUCAAAAUGAAGGUGGCAGCCCUAGGCGUCCAGGACAAGGCUAACUAUCUAAUCGAGAUAUUUGGAGACCGAACUUCCAGAGGUUUUAUUGAUUCAGAAUCGAGAGAAGAAUUCGAAUCAAGGCUGCUACAACUGAAGAACGUCUGGGAAAACAGGCCAACUGGAGACGAGUUCUAUACCUACUUCGUGGCUCAAAUUGCCGAGGACAUGAAAUGCAAGAUGAUCCUUCCAAUUAGACGUGCAGCAGAUCUGGGUGACAAAUUCUUCUACAACAACAGUACAGAAAGUAUAAAUUCUGGUUGGAAGAGUGAAGUCGAACAGUCAAAACAUGCCACUACACCUGGAAAAUUUGUAAGCAUUGCCGAAGCGUUUGUGAACCGAUAUCGACGUAAUGUUCAUAGGGGAGUUGUUGGAGAUGGGCCGUACAAACUGUCUCAAAAUUAUCAACAUGCGGCAGUUACCGAAGAUAAGUGGAAAAAUAUGACGAAGAAAGAGAAAGCAGCAAAAAUCUCCGUUGUUGAUCCUGUAGGGUACAAGAAACUGCUCACGUUUGCUGCGACAGGUACAAGCACUAGUACGAAAUCAGGUUAGAGUCGAACAACUCCUCCGAAAGCUCCUUUUCUUUCCUCCGUCAACUCUGAACUUAAUCCAUCAGAAAACUUGCCAGAUUUCGUUUCAAGUGGCCUUCCCCAGUAUCUGCGAGGAUCCUGGGAAAAGGCAAGAGACGUUAUCAGCAAGAACGGAGUCACAAAAAUCAACGAUGGCACAAAUGUUGUAGUUUUUAUAACCAAUCCCCGCAAACCCCACAUAGUCAACUAUGUUGGAUGAAAGGUCACCUGUGACUGUGAAGGGUUUCAGAGAGAGACUCUCUGUGCGCAUGUGAUUGCAGCCUCGCACAAGGAAAACUUACUCCGCAAUGUUGUGUCAUCGUGGAAACCAAGACUAUCUGAUCUUGUGAGCUCUUCAAUUCCUAAGAAGGCAGGAAGAAAACCAGGCCCCCAGAGGUAUCGUCCUAGCCGCGUGGCACAAGAGAGGAAUGUGCAGGAUUUAGAGCAGACUACUCCUACAGAGUACCAAUUCCCUAAAGAGGAAAAGUUUACCAUUAGGUGGCUGGAAGGAUCGAAACUUACAACGUGUUAUGGAUGCAAAAAUAGAUUCAGAAAGACAGCUAGUGACCCCGUACCCCCCGAACCGUACAACAUCGUGUUAUGCAGAAAGCAGAUCAGGGCGUACAUACCUAAAGGCACAACAGGCCUCAGAUUCACUGUUAAGCCCGAGAACACAUAUUUUCAUCUUAAGAAGUCUUGCAUCCAGAAUGACACUUCUGAAAGGAUCGGGCCUCAGAGCAUUCGCGUUACAGAAGACAUCAAGGGCCAACUCAAGCCAAUCCAUUUAAAUAAAUUGAAACAAGAAUUUGGUGUCAAUAUUUAA